CCGACAUACUUGUGUUGAUACGUUACCUCGCUUGACUUUUUGGAUUCAUAAUAGCUAAUUUGGUGAUGCAGAUGAAUCAACACUGUGAUGAAAACUGAUUCUGACAGAUGAGACACCAAUGAUAUUCAGAAGAGUACACAUCCGGCCUCAAGAUACCCUUCUGUAAAUUUUCAGUUUUCAAUGGAUGAAGAUGAACUGCCAAAUGAAGAUGAUCAAACCCCAACAUGGAUGAACAUUUCUGAAGGGCAGACGGUUCGAGAGGGACAGCAGCACAGAUCAAUACUGGCCUGUAACUUUAGUCAGCUGCCACAGUUGUCACAGGAACCGAGUACCUCCAGUACAGAUGGAGAACUACCAGCUUCACUUGCUCCAUGGAGUGCUAGCCCACCAUCAAGACAACCUGCCCCGUGCACACCACAUCCCCCAUCCAGACAACCUCCCCCAUGCACACCAUGUCGCCCAUCAAGACCACGUCCAAUUCUAGGUCGUGGUGUAACUGCUUCAGAUAAGAAUAACAAUGCAGAUCAAGGAGACACCAAUAUCAAGACAGGUCAUGGAGAGCCCAAUAUCGAGACGGACCAUCAACGGUCAGACCAGAUAGUACAAAAUCUACACGAGAUUUUGACCAUCUUGGGAGUAAACCGUCAGUAUUUAUUUGCACCUGGUUUGUCGAACACACUGCCUGUUGAUCAUGAUGAUUCCAACUGUAGUUACCUUGGUGGAUUUGAUCCAUCUGACAAAGGAUUUGUGUCUGUUGUUUUGAAACCUGAUGGAAGUGAAGGUCCACUACAUCCAGAUCAGGAUCAUCAACAGCCCUUCAUGCCAUUCCAGAAAGAACAUCUCAUAAAGACUUGUAAUAAUAACAAUUCUAGACCUGUUGGAUGGAAAGGAAGUCAUGACCCCUGGUCACAAGGUCCAGCUGUUUACAAUGAAGUAAACAAUCUGGAUGUGAAUGUUUCUAAGUCAGAAUUUGUAGAUUCCUCUUCUAGGAUGACUCUGAAGGGAAUGAAGGAAAGUAGGAACAUAGCACCUGUAGAAAGUGAAUCCAGUCAUACAAUAAGGAAUUUGGAUGUAAACGUUUUUAAAUCAGAACAUGCAGGUAACUCUGAUACUAUGACUGGAGUUGGAAUAGGAGGAGAAUCUAAUCAAACAAAUAGGAAUUUGUAUGAAUGGAAUUCAGAUUUGGAAUCUGCUGAGAGGACAGAUAAUAAGAUGGGUGCAGGAACAUCUAAUCUGACUGAAUUGGAUGUGGAUGUGGAUGUUUCUAAUUUGGAACAUGCAGAUAGCUCUGACGUUAUGACUGGAGUGGGAACAGGAGGGAAAUCCACUUCCACAAAAGAGAAUUUAGAUGAACAAAGUUUAAAUUUGGAACCUGCAGACAGCACUGAUAGUAAGAUAGGUGUGGGAUAAGGGAUCUUUUACAUACACCAUCUCACAGACAGGAUAGUACACCACAGCCUUUGUUACACCAGUUGUGGAGCACUGGCUGGAACGAAAAAUAGCCCAAUGGCGCCACCAAUGGGGGUCGAUCCCAACCCAACCACGCAUCAAGUGAGCGCUUUACCACUGGGCUACAUCCCACCACUGCCUUGAUGAAGUUGAAAGACGUGAUUUGUAGGAAUUCAUUUUUCAUCCAGAGGCGUAACUACGUGUACGCAAUGUACUCAUUUGAGUAAAAAAUUUCUGCUUAUACGCAGUUUAGCUAUUUGAGUACACUUUUUUUUCUCAACAAUUGCACUAAAUUCUCAACGUUACGUAUUAACGCUCCACUUUAGGGGAAUCCCCAACGUCAUUCAAAGCUUGGGUUUCAUGAAGAUAUGACGUCAUAUGAAUUUGACCAAUACAAGCAUUUGUAAGAAAAUAAGUUUUACAGAUUGGAAUUACCAGUGACUGAAUGGCACGGUUUUGAGUGGUUUCGCUAUUUUCUUGAGUACACAUUUCAAAAGUCUAGUUAUGCCCGUGUCAUCGAUAUGACAGGGUUAGCCUUUAACUCAACAUUAAAUUUACU